UUACAGGGACUGACUGUGGUGAUAUCUCCUCUCAUUGCUUUGAUGAAGGAUCAGGUCGAUGCUCUGGUCGAUCGUGGGGUGAAAGCUGCAAACCUGGACAGCACGUUGGGCGCAGAACGGGCAGCCUGGGUCAAACAAGGGGUUGUCUCACGGCGUCUAAAACUGCUUUAUGUGGCUCCUGGAAGG